AUGUCGUCUAAGGGCACCCCGCCUACCGAUAUCCCCCACCUCAUCCAACGUCUAGAGACAGCCUUACUAGACAAAUCAGAGAGACAGACACUGCAAGCACUCUGCAGGGCCGUUGUGCAGCAGCUUGAUCCGAACUCACUCUACAAGUGUGCCUGGGAAGCUGCCCAGCUCUCCGAGUUCUUGUCUGACGAAACAUACAUACAGCUGUUGAGGAGCUUCACCAACUGCAUUGCUUCGGGAACUCAUGAUCACACCUCGCCUGACCCAGAAAUUCUUCGGCUGGAGACAGCUAUAUCCUACAAUGACAAGCAACAACAAUAUGAUUUAAUUCGUGCUAUAUCGGCGACGCUGGACGCUAUGGUGGAUGCUGGCGUCUCCGGCCUCAGUCGUGAAGGUCUUCAUACUCCACUAUUGACUACACUGGAAGGCUUGAGCAAUGACUUAGAGCUGCAUCUCGCCCAAGCAGCAUCUUAUGCCGCGCAAGCCUUGAGAGCUGUGCCCGACGACGAUUCUCCCGGCGACGCAAUAGCUCGCGGGUUUCUACGGUCCGUCAACGUUGCAAUGAUGAUUACCGGUGGUGUUUUGUCCAAAGAUCCCCAGAAGUUGUGUGAAGCUGCGCUUGAAGUUAUCAAAGCAGGCUCUGAUUUCAAGCAAUACGCUUGGAAUCAGGUAAAGGCUCACACAGGAAAGUCUUGGUACAUGGCUCUGCGAAUUACCGACGUACUUAUCAGGAACCAAGCCCUUGACGAACUCGAGGCCUAUGUGAGCAGUGUGAGCUGUCGCAUAGAGAAAUCGUUUUUGUGCGGAAUAUACGCCCAGCUCGAGGGUUAUCGGCAAACUUUCCCAGAGCAGCGCUGUCAACAUGUAUACGACAGUCUUCCAACCAGCGACAAACCGCGUGUACUAGCCUGGAUCAAAUUCUCCACUACAAAAUCUACACAGGUCCAGCAGACCCCUACUGACAGCGGAAAGGGAGCUGGGCACCUUCGGUUGAUAGGCCGCGAGGGCAAGAAAUACGAGUGGAAAUUCACUGCAUCCCUCAUAGAGAGGCGACCUAGAUACCAAACCGACAUAAUCACCAGCCAAGACUUGCUUACUAUGGCCUGCAAAAGCUCUCCAGAGGUUCUACGAUACUACGCGAUGCAAGCUUUAAAGCAACAUUAUUUUGGUAAUGAUCUUCUUCAGAUCAAACGCCUAUCCGGAGAUACACUGCCAAUGGAACAAUGCUAUAUCAAUCUAUCGGUUGUCUCAGGCCCCGAAAACAAAGACAUAACAUUACGUGAAAUAUUUGAGCCUCGAGAGCAAAACGGUCAUGCAGAAAAAAUCCGACCCAGGCAGGUUUUCAUUGAAGGCCAGGCAGGUGUAGGCAAGACUACUUUGUGCAAGAAGAUGACUUAUGACUUCUUUUACAAUGGUCUAUGGAGUGAUCAAUUUGACUGGCUGUUUUGGAUACCACUAAGAAACUUGAAAGAGCAUCCGUCCACUGCUUUUAAUCUUAAAGGAGUGUUCGCAUAUCAGUUUUUCUCGGAUCAAGUUGACCAGCACCGUGAUUUAUUGGCGGAGUACCUAUGGAAAGAGGUUGACAACCCAACCGACAGGAGUCGCGUGCUCUUCGUCCUUGAUGGUCUUGAUGAGAUUACACAUUACUGGGGCGAUGACACAGUUAUGCAACGCAUGUUUCGCCGACUUUUGCAAGGGCCGCACGCAGUGAUUGUAACUACCAGGCCUUACGGUACAAAUAUAGCAGAAAUAAGCAAGUUCGACUUCAGACUCAGAGCAGUUGGGUUUAAAUUAGAACAGAUCGAGUCCUAUGUGAAAUCAGCAGAAAUAACACCUGAGAGGAAAACUGCCGAACAGAUCCUCUCCUUCAUCAAAUCACACUCAGGAAUCGAGAACGUCAUGCGCAUUCCCAUUCAGCUGGACGCACUGUGCUAUACCUGGAGUGACUCUUCUCAAGAUGGCAAUGAUACAUUCCAGACAAUGACGGCGGUAUAUGAAGCAAUAGUAGUGAGCCUGUUGAGGAAAGAUGCCGUAAAACUAGGGAGAGUGGCCAAUCACUCCAGCGUGGACGAAAUGUCAGCUGCUGAGAUUCACGGUCUCAUGGCCGAAGAGAUCAAUCUUCUUGAAGGUUUGGCAUUUCAAGGUAUAUAUAACGGACUCAUCGAGUUCAACAAAUCUACCCGAAGUCACAUACACAAGUUCCUCAAGGACAACGGGAAUGCUAUCCCUCAGGCACAUAACAGCGUGCUCAGAAGCCUCUCCUUUCUACGAUCAUCCAAUGAAGGAGCAGAAGAAGAUAAGCAGGGCUUUCAUUUUAUACACUUGACGUAUCAAGAGUACUUUGCCGCUUGUUACUUCGUCAAACACUGGUUCAAAGGUACGGAGAUACCUUGUAUCAAACUACAAAACAGGAACGUAGUCGAUACUUGCGGCUUUUUUCCAUCCACAAUCCUAGACAGACAAAAAUAUAGCAUCCGUUACAACAUGAUUUGGCGCUAUGUAGCAGGCCUUCUGCAUACUCGGAGCAGCGGCAAACCGCAGCCACUCAUAAAGUUCUUCGAGCAGCUUGAUGCAGAGACGCAGGACCUCUUAGGUCCAACCCACCAGCGAUUGAUCGGACAAUGUCUGAGCGAAUUGCCUAUGGCUACUCUACCUUCGGAAUUCAGCAUUUUCAGGGCAAAAAUAGAAAGAAAGCUGUCUUGGUGGCUGGUGUUCGAGUGUGAUACCCGGGCAAAGUCCGUGCUUACCGGGGGACUAGAAUAUCCUGAAUAUAUGGUGUACCGUGUAUUCAAGCAUGCGCCACUGGACAGGAAGAUGCACAUAUUGUCUGGCUUGAAUGAAAGAUCGAGAAAUUCUCAUGGACUUAUGCAAUUGGCUCGUCUGUGGGUAACAAAAGGACACGUUGAUGGUCAAGACUUAGAAGACGUGGCAUUCAAGUUAAUAGCACGCAAUGAUUGGGAAUCUAAGAGGAAAGCAUUGGAUAUCGUCCAUGACUACAUUCUGGAGCCAAUGUCCAUCACUGAAUUUCGGCUAUACCUUGAUGCAGCUGCUGCCCUAGAUUUGGGAAUGGGUUCACCUCCCAAGGGCUUUCAGGAUAAACUCGUGGAGUGGCUACAACACGAAAAUGCGGAAUGGGUCCUUGCAGUGUCUUCUUUUCUUUCGUUCUCUCGGCUCACUUUGCCACCAGGAACCGUUCAUACACUGAUUCUAUGGCUGCUUCACAAAGAUCCUUGGGUAAAGGAAUACAGAGCUAUCACUAUGGAUCCACAGCCAACUGUAGUAUCUCGAGUCUUUGAUGCAUUCUUGACGAGCCUUAAAGAGAGGAGCGUAUCCUCGCAUUUGUUGGCAGCGGCAGGCUCAAGUAUCAUUCGGCGGGAUCCUGGGAUUCUCUCCGUCUUAAACAGAAUGUCAAAGGAUAAUCCUUCCGGAGAUGUGCAACAGGUCAUUGAGUCGCAUCCUCUUUUCGAGGAAGCGAUGACACUACUCUUUAUCAGAAAUUAUGUGAAAGAGAGCCUGCGGAAUCAACCAGAGCUUCCGUCCGAAAUGCAGGAAUUCCUCGUCAAUCAAUUGGACAAUGAGAAUACCGUGGUGAAACAGAGUGCGGCGGAUGUCUUGGAGAACUUAUCGAAUCUAUCUCUCAGUUCUCUUCAAAGUCUGGGAGAUAAAAUGAAGGCCAUCAGUGAUCCCUUGGUAUUACGAAGUUUAAUACUUUGCUUCGCUCAUUACCGUAACUUGCCACAAAAUAUAAUACAAGGGCUGGUGGACGUACUGAUAGGUCAGGACACUGAUUUAGCCGAGCAGGCUGAAAAGGCGCUGAGCAAGGCAGUGUUGCCCAGAGUAACGCUUGCUGACUUAGUGAAGACGCUAUCUCUCGAUCACAGGCGCCAUUAUGCCGAACGAAUCUUGAUGUCUCAGUCACCCUUGCCCAGUGAUAUUCUUCAGGAGAUAUGGAGACGUUUCCACGAUUCGGCAUGGUUGAUAAUCAUGAGCCAGCCAGUACUGCCUCCAGAGAUGAUUGACGCUCUAGUUAAUAUUGUAGAGGACGAAGAUAGGGCGAUAAAUGUAAGGUGUCAGGCUAUAUUGGCAAUUAAAAAUCAAUCAAUAUCGCACUCUGGGGUAUUUAACGCUAUGCUUACUGGCAUCGGAGAUAAAAGCCCUUAUAUCAACGAAGCGGCAGCGAAAACCCUGAGUAAAUAUUCAGACUUACCAUCCACCGCUCUUGAUGCCUUGACUAACUGUCUGCGUGAAUGCGACUAUGCUCCAACAAGGAAGUGGGCCAUAGAAGCCUUAAGAAAACAGCAUUCAACCUUGCCAUCCGAUGCAAUUGAUGGACUAAUCAAAUGCUUGGAUGACGAAUAUCUCAGGGGGACUGCACUAAUGACUCUAUGGGAACAUUCGGACUCAGUUUCUAGAGCUAGAGCUUUAAAAAUUCCAGUUUCCUUUUUGUGCCAUGAGGACAAGCAUGUGAGGUCAUGGGCAGCGGAGAUGCUAGGUCAAAUAUCCAGCUUACCACCAGAAACACUCAUCGCCCUCUUGGAUUGCAUUGAUGAUACGUAUUUCUAUGUACGAUGGAGAGUCGAGGAAGCCUUGAAGAACCAAUCCACCUUUCCGCCAGACAUACUUCAUAGGGUGACUCUACGAUUCUCGGCCGACAACGAAGAGAAAUCAAAAACAGCACUCUCUCUGUUGCAUAAAAGAGAGGAAUUCUACCUCUGGCUUCCAAAAAUGAACUGGCACCAAUUCCGGUGCUUCUAUCAAACCGCUGUGAGCUGGAGUUUUCAGAACACAUUCGUUGUUGUCCUCAAGCACAAAAGCAUUUUUAUUGCACUACCAGAUAUGCAGAAGGAGAUCCCAAUCACGAAUAUGUGUGACCGAUUGAAACUUCGAGUGUACUUCGCAUUGGCCCAACUUUUGAUUUUGCAUGGAAGAUCUCAGUGGGUUACGGAACUGGUCAAGAGCAAAGAGAAGUUGAUAUUUGUUGUUUUUGUUCUUCCUAUAAUAAUCACUAUCACUGCCUUCAUCUGGUUUUGAAAACACGGGAAGUCAGUCAAUGAGAUCGACGCGCGUCUUGUUGGAAUCUAUGAUUCUUGAAUUCUUAGCAGUACCAUAUCAGUCUGUACCUGGUGCUGGUGUUCUCUGUACUCUGCGAAUAGAUUGCGAAGAGAAAUGUAGAGAAAAGAGAAAUAAAUGUACAAGACAGAUUACUGG